AUGACGACCUCAGAUUUACCGGUAGAGAAUGUAGAUGUACUUGUGGUAGGUGGAGGACCAGUAGGCCUCGUAACCGCCUACCAACUCGCGCGCAACCUCCCUCGCUCUACGCAUCGCAUCAAGAUCAUAGAACAACAUCCCAAGUCGUCCCAAGACAACUAUGGACGUGCCAUCACCCUCUUUCCGCGUACUACUGAGAUGCUAUCGCAGCUAGACCUGGCCGACGCCCUCGCCCAACAAUGUUUCGCAUGUCGUGAGACUGUCAACUACGAUAAGCAUGGCAACGAGGUCGAAGGAAGAGGUUGGGCGUUCAUGGAGAACAUGAAGGAUACCAAAUGGGACUUCGCGUUGGUGCUACGUCAGAAGUACCAGGAAGAGGUGUUUAGGAAAGCGUUGGCUAAGGAGGGGGUACAACUCGAUGCGCCGUAUACCCUGGUAGGUAUCGAGGUCAUAGACGGGGUUGAGAUGGGUGGAUAUCGCAUACUGGCUACAAUCGAACAUGGCGAGACAAAGGUGAAGAGCAUAGUCAGAUGUCGAUAUCUGGUCGGCGCAGAUGGUGGGCGGUCUUUCGUACGACGAGCAAUGAAGAUCCCCUUCGACGGCUCCUCCAGCGAAGACAAGUGGGUACGCGUCGAUGGCGUUAUCGAGACCGACCUCCCCAAACCGCGAACGUACUGCGCAAUUGAGUCACCUACACACGGAAACGUCCUCUGGGCCGCGUUGGAUCGAGGCGCAACGCGCAUUGGCUUUGCAUUCACGGCAGAGCGUCAGAAAGCAUACAAGGUGUUUGACGAAGAAGCCGCCGUCAAGGAAGCCAUCGCAUCCGUCAAGCCGUUCAGCCUCAAGUUCAAGCAGGUGGAUUGGUGGACCAUCUACGUCGUCGGGCAGCGCAUUGCGCGCUCGUUCUUCGUGAAUGACUGCAUCUUCCUCGCCGGCGACGCAUGCCACACGCACAGUUCGGGUGCAGCACAAGGCAUGAAUACCGGCAUGCAUGAUGCCGUCAACCUCGGUUGGAAGCUUUCCCUCGUGCUCCAAGGCCUCGCCAACCCCGAUCUGCUACACUCGUACGAAGCAGAGCGACUCCCCAACGUACAGCGAUUGAUCAAUUACGACAAAGACAUCUCGCGCCUCAUGACAAUGCAAUUACCCGAGGGUUGGACAGGCGAUCCAAACGCAGAUCCGAAUGAGGUACUGGGAGUUGUCAUGGCCGAAGCAGCGACGUUUAGUAGCGGACUGGGUAUAUACUACGAGCCAGACUCCUAUCUCAACCUCACGCAGAGUUCGAGUGUAUCGUCCGUACAGCCUGGUCAGCGCGCACCAGAUGUUACGCUGCAGAAACCGGCGACUUUUGAAGCUACGCGACUUCAGAAUGAGACGCCGAAUACGGCGACGUUUCAUAUUGCGCUGUUUGCUGGGGAAGUGUCGCGCACGAAACAUGCUUUGGCGUCUUUCACUGCUGCGAUGUCUGCACUGCAUUGGCUUAGUGAUGAUGUCCCAGUAUCAUGUCUUUCCAUCAUCGCAGGUCCGGGUGGACCAUCGGCGUAUGAGACGUUGGGUGGUAUGCCAUUUGGGCGUGUGUUCUAUGAUGCGGACUGUAGUGCGCAUAUGCGCUAUGGUGUUGCGACUGAGAAGGGGGCUGUGGUGGUUCUGAGACCCGAUGGGUGGGUUGGCACGGUCGUUGAAUUGAACGGAGAUGCGGGGUAUAAGCUGGAGACGUACUUUGCUCGUUUUCUGCUUGCUGUAGCAGGGGGUCACAAGGCUGAGGCGAAGUUGUAG